AAGAAGGUGGAACGCGGAUAUCCGUCAGAUAAUUGGUGGAGGUGCUGUGGCGUGACGUGACCUCAGAACAUUGCUUAAGCAGACGUCCCCUCCAGUCCGGUGCACUUGUCGACCAGCGGGAACAGCAGCGGGUUGUCUGCUGCCUCCACACCUGUUAAAAGCAGCGGGUUACCGUCACACACCGAGCAGCCGGUAUGGACUCGUGGCUCCGCUUCUCCGCUCAGAGUCAGGCCAAGGAGCGACUGUUCAGGGCUACUCAGUAUGCCUGCACCCUGUUGGGCUACACCCUACAAAAGGGCGGGGCAGCAGCUGAACUCCGCAAAACCAUCAGUCAGCUGGAAGCACACAUGAGCCUGACCAGAAAACUGCUGCGUCUGGGAAACUCUAUUGAGGCACUGGAGGCGGCCAAGAGGGCCAUACACCUCUCUGACGGCGUGCUGAGGCUCUGUCUGACCAUCAGCCACCUCAACAGAGCCAUGUACUUUGCCUGUGACAAUGUUCUGUGGGCUGGAAAGACAGGCUUUAUCUCCAAGCUGGACCAGCACAAAUGGAGUCAGAGGUCUUUCAGGUACUACCUUUUUGCUCUGAUCCUCAACCUGACUCGAGAUGUGUAUGAGCUCCGGCUCCUUAUGGAGAGUGAAGCGCGGUACAGAGCCGCCAAAUCCCCACCCUCUCCCUACCCCAGCACCGCUCUGCCUGAUGACCCACUGUCGUCCUCUGCCACUCCGGCAUUACCUGCCAUGUCUAUGUGGCUCCGCAGACAGCUCCACCUGAUAGUGACAGUGCUGUACAGCAACCCGCCGCUGCUCUUGGACCUGCUGAAGAACAGCUGCGAUAUCUUCAUCCCUCUGGAACGGCUCGGGAUUUACCCCACAGGGCCGGGCUUUGUUGGGGCCUGUGGCUUGGCCUCCUCUGUCCUCUCUAUCCUUACCAUGGUCCACCCCUGGCUCAAACUCAAGCCAUGAACCCAGAUACACAGUGGAGAGGUCCUAAGGAGCCACAGGGAGGACUGUGAACUAGCAGUAAACCCACUGAUCGCCCUGUGAAGUAAGGCAAGUUCUGAAAUGAUAGCAGGGCAUCCAAAUCCUGGAGACAAGCCCAAAAUAAGUGACGCUCAAGUUUCUUUGACUCAGCAUCAAAAACUGCUAAACACCUCCCGGCCUCAGAGCUGAUCGAUAGCAGCUCUGCUUCAAUAGGUCCCCUCUAUGCUAAGGUGUAGUGAUGCUGCACUAAGCCAUGACAUUGGAAGACUCCUCGCUUGAUUAUUCUAAUGAUUGUGGUGUGUUGCAUGUGUAACACAAGUUUCCGUCUGUUUAACUGAUCAUCAGCCACUCUAAUGGCGUUUGUAGGCAUCACCUUUAUUCAUAUUAGAGAAGUCAAACAGUGACAUACUGACCCAGGUGUUCAUUUUCAGUACGUAUUACUAGCAGAGCUCUUGUUAGCAACUCAUGUCCAAAUAAAUGUGUUUUAGGUUGGA